GUAGAGGGGUGUGUCAACAAAGAGUAACCUGAUCUACUGUCCAAAGCUUCAGCAAUGGCCAAGAGAAGACGGCACGGUGUAGUAGAGGCCCCUACACUAGAGGAGCUCAUCUCUCCUGUGCAGCAGGCAAAGAAGCGUCGCCUGGAGGAGAAGUCUCCUGGUGCCUGGAGUGUGGAGGAGGUCACACACUAUCUGAGCAGAGCAGGCUUGGAUGAGUCAGUAGCCAAGGCCUUCAGAGAUCACUCUAUUAGUGGUCGCCACUUGCUGGGAUUGACAUCAGUAGAGUUGCAAGAGAUGGGAAUUGGAGCUUUGGGUCAGCGUAAAGAGCUGCUUUCUCUCAUCAACUCUCUCAGCAGAAUAAGUCUGUCAGGUCAUGAGAAGGUGUUCAACGAUCCCAUCCAUGGACAUAUUGAAAUCCAUCCUCUUAUGGUUAAGAUAAUAGACACUCCACAGUUCCAGCGUCUGCGCAAUAUCAAGCAACUAGGAGGUUGCUAUUACGUGUUCCAAGGAGCAUCGCACAAUCGCUUUGAGCACUCUAUUGGAGUUGGUUACCUUGCUGGAGAGUUGGUCUCCAUGCUACAAAGCAAACAACCUGAGCUCAAUAUCUCUCAACAAGAUCUCCUCUGUGUCAAGAUAGCCGGCCUUUGCCAUGACCUGGGUCAUGGUCCAUUCUCACACAUGUUUGAUGGCAGCUUUAUCCCUCAGGCCAUCCCUGGCAGCCAUUGGAAGCAUGAGGAAGCCUCUGUGAUGAUGUUUGAGUAUUUGCUGAGCAGUAAUAACCUUCACUCUGAGUUUGAGGGUUAUGGUUUAGGAGAGAGAGAUGUGUUGUUCAUUAAAGAACAGAUAGCUGGGCCAAGAGAGGGUCAUAGUCCAAUCAAGGACUGGCCCUAUAGUGGAAGACAUGAGGAGAAGAGCUUCCUGUAUGAGAUAGUGGCCAAUAAGAGGAAUGGAAUUGAUGUUGAUAAAUGGGACUAUUUUGCUCGAGAUUGUCAUUGUCUGGGCAUUCCAACAAACUUUGACCUCCGUCGCUUCAUGGCCUUUGCAAGGGUCAUAGAGGUCAAACAUCGGAAGCAAAUCUGUACACGAGACAAGGAAGUGGGCAACUUGUACGAGAUGUUCCACACUCGCAACUCUCUCCACAGAAGAGCUUAUCAACACAAGACCUCCAACAUUAUUGAAUACAUGCUGACAGAGGCACUUUUAAAGGCUGACCCCCACCUAUAUCUGCGGGGGGUCAACGGGAGUGUGCGUAUGUCAGAGGCUAUCCACGAUCCUGUAGCCUACACUCGUCUCACUGACAGUGUUACACAGAGGAUCCUAGAGUCCACAGAGCCAGCACUACAAGAGUCACGAGAUAUUCUUGCUAAGAUAGAGCGGAGGGAACUGUACAAGUGUGUGGGACAGACAGCUCCACCUUCAGGUGUUUACUUGAGCAAGGAUACUUCAAGUCAACUAGCCACAGACAUCAUUGAUAGUCUGAUGGGUGUUUGCCCUUUGACCUCUGCUGACCUUGUAGUGGACCUAGUGACCUUUGAUUAUGGCAAAGGAGAUGAGAAUCCGAUUGAUUAUAUGAGUUUUUAUUCCAAACAUGAGCCAGAGCAUGCCAUCAAGGUGCGCAAGGAUCAAGUGUCUGAGAUGCUCCCUCACAAGUUCAGAGAGCAAAUAGUUCGUGUGUACUGCAAGAGACUGGACAAGGCCAGUCUGGAGGCUGCUCAGAGGUAUUUCCUGGCCUGGUGUAGGAAGCUGUCCUGUGUUACACCCGAGUUGUGUAUUGCAGGGCUCUCCUGAGGAGAAUGACUUCACACCGUAUGGUACUCCCUACACUACACCACUCAAGUCAGAGGACAACACAACGCCAGUUAAUGCUGGGUCAGCAGUUAGACAACUAUUCUCAAAGAUUGCAUCUCACAAACAAUAACAAUUAGCUUAGUUUUUUCAAUGUUAAAAUCGUCUAACAUUAUUCUUAACAUUA